CGAUACUAUAAAUGUGUAUGCCAAGGUGACAAUGAGAGCCAGAUGGGUCAUCUAUAUAAUUUGUAACGCCCCUCCCUUAACUUUCAUGCAUUACCAUUUCUCCAUUUAAACCACCCUUCAUCUCUAUUUUUCUUCUCCUUUCUUAUAUUUCUUUUAUCUCUUCUUUUUUUCAUCAUACCCAAAAAACAAAACCAUGGUUGUUUUGUCUAAGCCAACAUUAAAUAAUUUCUUACUUGUCAAGUCAUGCAAACCAUCAACAACUUUGUUGAAUGGUAUUCCUGUCGUCGACCUUGCAGACCCGGAAGCAAAAACUCUUAUAGUGAAGGCUUGUAAGGAAUUUGGAUUCUUCAAAGUGGUGAACCAUGGUGUUCCUUUGGAAUUUAUGUCCAAUUUGGAAAAUGAAGCACUAAGGUUUUUCAAAAAACCACAGUCUGAGAAAGACAGAGCUGGUCCUCCUGAUCCUUUUGGUUAUGGAAGUAAGAGAAUUGGUUCAAAUGGUGAUGUUGGUUGGGUUGAAUAUAUCCUUCUUAAUACUAACCCUGAUGUUAUCUCUAACAAGUCUCUUUCCUUUUACCGUGAAAAUCGACAAAAUCUAAGGUCUGCUGUGGAAGAUUAUAUUGCUGCAAUGAAGAAAAUGUGCUGUCUAGUGUUGGAAUUAAUGGCUGAUGGGUUGGGGAUUGAGCCAAAGAAUGUGUUAAGCAGGUUAUUGAAAGAUGAGAAAAGUGAUUCUUGUUUCAGAAUUAACCAUUACCCACCGUGCCCUGAGGUGCAACAAGCAGCAUUGAAUGGAAGGAAUUUGCUUGGGUUUGGGGAGCAUACAGACCCACAAGUCAUUUCUGUCUUGAGAUCUAAUAGCACAUCAGGACUGCAAAUCUGUCUCACUGAUGGAACUUGGGUUUCAGUUCCACCUGAUCACACUUCUUUUUUCAUCAAUGUUGGUGAUACUCUUCAGGUAUUGACUAAUGGUAGGUUUAAAAGUGUAAAGCAUAGGGUUUUGGCUGACACAACAAAGUCAAGGUUGUCGAUGAUAUACUUUGGAGGACCACCCUUGAGUGAAAAGAUAGUGCCUUUACCUUCUUUAAUGUUAAAAAAAGAAGAAAGUUUGUACAAAGAGUUCACGUGGUUGGAGUACAAGAAAGCAAUGUACAAUUCAAGGCUGGCUGAUUAUAGACUUGGGCCUUUUGAAAAAUCUUAUGGCAAAUGAAGCAAAUACCUCAAAAUUAAUUCUGAAUGUUGGCACAUGAUAUUUGGCCUUUCUUUUUGGGUGUACGCGUUUGGGAUUCCAAUAGUUGACUCUACUUUUUUGACAUAUAUAUAUAUUGAAAGUGAAUAGGUUGUUUACUUUACUUCUAGUAUGUUUAUUCAUUUAUCUAUCUAUGCUAUUUUUCUUCUUGUUUGAUUGAAAUGUAACAGUCACUAUUACCCUCUUUAUUGUUAUUGCAAUGAAAAUCUAAGUUGUA